AUAAUACAAAUAAAAACUUAAUGAAAUGAGAACCAACAUAAUUAACCAGAAUCGCAGUUCGGUGCAUGAAUUGCUCUGAAUUUUCACUUAUAAAAACUGCUUUUGAGAAGAUUCGCCGUAGUAAGUAUUGAUGUGUAUUGUCUGAGCCCUUUUGGUUUUAAACGGCCGAUCGACACCGGUGAUUGACAUCGCAUUGAUAUUUGGCUCAGUGACAAAGGAUAAAGAUGGCUGGACUUUUCAUGCUUUUUGGUUUUUCGCUUCUGCUUGCCAGCUUUUUCACGAUCGCCGAGUCGAUGGAAAGAAAAGAAAAUGAAAGAAGUGCAAUAUUCAUGAAAAUUGAAGGUUUUGCCAUCAUGAAUGGCGUGAUCUCGGAACAUGAUGUGACGUCAUCAGUUGAAUGUGGUCAGAAAUGUCUCAUGCAUUAUCAGUGCCGAUCGUACAACUUGGUCAGCGGAACUUUAUGUCAGUUGCUCAAUGUCACAAAGACAACGGCAAAAGAUUCCUUGGUUGAGACACCUUACUCCAUUCACUUCUAUGACAUUAGUGAGACUUUUAAAUCCUGCCUGGAUUUCCUGAAGAUUGGAAUUACUGAAAACGGCAUUUACACCAUCACCGGAAGUGACGACAAACAAUUCAGUGUGUACUGUGACUUCCGGUCUGAACCACCCGCAGCCUGGACUCUAGUUAUGGCUUUUUCUCGGAGAAACAGAAGAAUCGACGCCUUCUGUAAUAAGGCUUUCUCCGUCGACAUCCAGCGCAACGAGAACAACCCCAACUGGAAUGACUUCCGGCUGUCCCUUCCCAGAAUGCAACUCCUGAAAUCCCAGUCCACUCAUUGGCGCGUUACCACAGGAUUCCCGGUCUAUGGUGUAGACUACAGAGAUUACGUUCGUGGAAAUUUCUUGGCAUUCGACAUCAUGACGUUCAGUGGAGGUGGUAUCUGCAAACCGGUUGAAUUGGUUAACAUCCGGGGACUCUUGGGAACUAACACGGAGGCGGCGUUUUGGCAGAAUGGAAUAGGUUUUCAUAUUGACAGCGGUGCCACUCAUUGUCAGUUCAAGCCAAACUCGGGCGCAGUCCAUAGCGAGAACAACUUCGGCUAUUACUGCGAAUCUGAUCCCUCGAUGAACGUGAAUUUUCGCGGAACGAAAGACGACGACAGCACCACUGAGUAUUGGUUCGGAGGAUACGCAUAGUCCAACAAUCAAGUUUCAAGGAUCAAGGAGUGUCAUGAAUGUAAAAAUGCCUUUAAGAUUUUUUCGUUUUCUAAAGCCAAUUCAUAUAUUAAUAAGUACUUCUUAACCAAGCGCGAGGUCUGUACGGCCUGCAAAAAAAGACCGGGGUCGGAUAUCUCUUCGUACAGACUGAGCAAGCGAGGUUAAUAAAAGUUUUAUUAUAUGGCUUUAACAGAUUAAAAUGAGGAGAAAAGCACUGAUCGACUUCGAAAAAGGCGGGAAAACAAGAAGCGCUCGCGCACGGGUCAACUAAAAAAAUAAUAAUUCAACGGCUUUUCGGGCUACUCAUUCCUAUUUCCGCCGGAAGCUUACAAGCUUUAUCCGUGCUAUAGAUCAUUCAUGCUUCAAAGCGGAGCCAGCGCGGCCGCAGGCGGCGCGCGAAGCUCCAUGGGUAUAGAGAAAUGUUAUAUAACUAUGCGACGCAGUUUUUUGGUCAUUGCGCGGGUACCCUGUGGUGUCGCCCGUCUGCCUGCCUGCACGUGGAGCCAGCACAAUUUGCAAUAACUUAGCAAAACGCCACCUCAGUGAAAUAAUUAUAGAAGAAUAUAUUUUAGCACUAUCCGAGAAUGCUACAUACUUAAUAAAACCCCGAAAGUUGCAUCAAAACUUACAAUUAUUUAGUUUUGUGUUUUUGUAUUUACACUCACGGGAACCCUGCGUCUAAUUUUUCCCUCGUUUUGCUCUUCUAACUCGCGGCCGACACCGUGAAUUGAUAAAGUUUUUGCAUUAUUUUCGUCGUGGCCAAAGCCAAGAAAGAAAUUCGACACAUCUUAACACACUUUUAUAAUAAAAAGACAUACAAACGAUGGAUGGAAGGACAAAGGAUGGAUUUGGAAAAAUCAGGUAAGUAAGACGUCAAUUUUAUAAACUUCGUCGGAGCUAGGAAAUUUUUUGUGUUGAUAUAUUUGUAGCACUCAAACAGUUAAAGCCAUGAUGGGAUGUUGAUGUUUAAUUAUACCUAGUUCCUAACUAGUAAUUCAGCUAGUUUGCUCAUACAUUAUCCCACAAAAAGGAUAGAAAUUGUGCGAUUGAUUGUUCGUAAACAAACGUCGCGUUUGUUUUAGAAAAUCUUUGAAGAAGUGGGGAGUGGGAUAACUUUUUAACUGUAAAUAAAGAACGAUUUCUUAUCUGGAGAUUCUUCAUCACAUUUAAGUUCUGUCAGUUCUUUUAUGAAGGAUAUCGAGCGAGGAACGGUUUUAGUUUAUAUUUUGUGAGUUCGUAGAACAUUUAAAAUUUAAAAUGAAUUCUGGUUUGAAUUUUAGAAAUCAAAAAAAGGUUCAUGAGGGGUAAUAGGUUCUAAAAAGAUCUGCUUUACCUACACACUUCCCUUUUUGCAUAUGAUUCUUUUUCACAAAAAGAUAUCUUGAAUACUCCAGCUCAACGUUUUCAUACAACAUCUCAAAACUCCCAUCUCUUCAAUUUUCAUAGAAAACUAAAGACAGCUUUUUGUUGGGAGCAUUUAGUCCGAUACCUAUAGUUUAUCUCCACAGCUUUUCCUAAGAAACUCUGGCUCAUAAGCCCCUAAAAAACAGACUUCAUAUAUUAAUUUUCUGUUCAAGGUUUUAUUUUAAAGGUUACUUGGAAAUAUUUUUAAUUUUAGGUUUAUCAAUUAGGUUUUGUUCAGCAUAACAUUUAUAUCUUUAGUAUUCUUCCGUAGCGUUUUGUCACUGUUCUCCCAUUUUUACUACUAAAAGUAGUCAAAAACUUUGAAAACAAGUUAGAGUGGUUUAUUUCAUUCACCUUUUGACAAAGUGGCUGGUACAAAACACUGACCAACAUUGGCCCUUAUUGCAAAUGGACUAAAUGGGUUUUCUAGUUAAAAAAAAUAUAUUGUUUCAAUUUGAACUAAUUAACUGCACAGGGUUUUGUGAGCAAUCUACUUUUUAAAUAGCUGAUAUGAAUACAGCUCAAUACUUAGGAAUCUGAGAUGAUAUUUGCAAAAAUCAACAGAAAUGUACCAUUUGACCUUUCAUGCAAUUAUUUCAAAGAUAGUUUAGCACUGUACAUGGAAGUGAUGUGAAAUGAAAAUAAAGCUGCCUUUUUUUAAACAAACUGCAUCUUUUUGUAAUGCCACACCAAGCCCUAUUUUAUGUUUCAACACAAAAAUACUAGGUGUACAUACCCUUGAAACCAUGAUGCUUCAAUAUGGGGGUCUAGUGGGUCCAUGGACCUCAUAAUUUAGAGUCAGCUUUUUGUACGAUCCACCCAAGACAAAGUGUCAAGUAUUAGCCAAAAAAAACAGUAAAGAAGGUUGAUAAAACUGUUUAUCCAUUAUUUGUAAUUUCUACCAAUUAUUUUUUUUAUUACCCUUCAACUGAGAGAAAAUUAUAAAAAUCAAGAAAAUCUAGUAGUAGUGCAAUGUGAAAGGAAGAAAGGGAAUUUGGACAGUGUAGGCAAGUAAGCAGCACAUUUACUGGCAAAAACGAUAUGCUAAUGUAUAGAAACGCGUUGUGUGCUGAUAUGGUUUUAAAUGUUAAAGAGAAUAAAAAAAGCACCCAUUUUACUGUAAAAAA